GGCCGGGAAGGACCCAGCCUAAGGGAAGGCUGGAGGCAGGCUGCCUGGGGUCCCAACUCCACUGUGCCAAGCUGUGUGAUGGCAGCAGACUGCUCGGCCUUUCUGUGUGCCCGUUUCCUCUAUAAAAUGAGAGUGCGAUAGUUCCUGCCUCAGAAGGUAGUUGCAAGAAUGAAAUGAAAUGUCCUUGUAAAGUGCCCAGAACUGUGCCUGGACAUAGCAGGUGUUUGCUAAGGAAAACCAGGCGGCCUCCCCGCAGCCCAACCUCCAGCUGUCCCUGCCCCGCUGGGCCGAGCCCACCCCCGUUGCCAGCUGACCCAGCUGACGGUCGGGUGGCUGCCUUCACAGGAGACCUCAGGCCGGCUUCUCUGAAGGUGGGGGCCACUCCCUGGAACCACAUCCUCACCUUGUACAAGCAGUUUCAGAAACUGGCCAUGGCCAAGCUGCCUCUCGAGGAAGACUUAACCGACGAGGAGGAAGGGGAGGAAGAGGAAAUGGAGGAAGAGGACAGCUCAUUCAAGCUCUGCGUCCCGGUCCCCCUCCAGUCGCCACUGCAUAAGACAUUUAGGCCAAUCGAAACAGUGGGUUUCGUGGAGUCAGAGUUAAAGAAGUUUCUGGAAGCACAGCAGGAGUCCCGCCUCCGCCUCCGGAAGAUGCGCAGCCUUGAGGGCCUGGAGCCACUGGUCCCGUCAGAGAUCACCCUGGAGAGCAUUCUGGGUGACCAGGGCCUGCUGCUCCAGGAGAUGGAUGCCCUGGGAAACUGGCCUCCACACUUGCCUCCGAGGGAGUGAGGGGUGCCGGCGAGUCUGCCCCACCGGCCCGGACGGACCUGCACAGGGAGGCAGCCCCCCUCCUUCGGAAACAGCCCAGGAGCUUGGGGCCGGGUCCCGGGAUAAACGGUGCCCAUGGUCUGCAGGGCGGCUGCCAGCAGGCUGUCCCACAGACGGACGUGGGCUGGGAGGCUAUGAAUAAAGCCCAGUUUGACUCCG